UGUCCCGGCCACAAGUAGCGCGAGCGGAGCGGUCCGACAAUGUCGCGUUGUUGUGGCGGUGGCGACGAGCGCUGCCGUUGAAGGCGGGUCUGCUACGCGUGUUCGCGCGGCGACGCGGCCGUGUCUGUGUGCGUGUUCGGUGCGGUGGCGUGUGUGCGGGCACGAUGCCGCAUGGCAGCGGCGGAGACGACUUGGCCUCCUCGGACGAAAUCAAAGUGUUUAAAGAUGAAGGCGAAGAGGAGAAGCGCUCCUCGGAGAACUUGACGGACCUCAAGUCCAGCCUGGUAACUGAAGGCGAGGAGGUAAGUGCCGCCGUCGCCGCUGCCAGGACCUCGGCUUGCCUCGCCGCGUCGUGCCACGCUGACUUUGGAGUAUCUCGGCUGCAGCAAGACGCGUCGACCGCGAGGGGCCUGACGCCGACCUCGGGUUUGUGCCGGUUUUUGCAGGAGAAGAUAGUGGGCCUACCCGGGCAAGCGACCUCCGGCUACGCUUCGCCGAAGCCCACGCGGUCGGACGCCUUCGGUUCGCUAUUCGGAAAAUCUUCGUUCGAACCCAUUCCGGGGCCCUUUGGAUAUGUCGUUCCUCCCUACCACAACGGAGCCCUCGGCGCCGCUGUCUCAAUGGCGAGCAAGGGUCCGAUGGUGGCCUCGCCCCACCCGGGAUCGCCGCUCAACUUCAUGGUCUACAACGAGCCCUUCUCGCAGCCACCGCCCGCUCAUAUGGGCAUCCCACCGGUCCACAUCGAUCCCAAGACGGGUAUCCCGAGGCCAUCCGUGUACCCGCUCACCUCACCGGGCCAGUACACGCAUAGCAUGUUUUCCCAGGAGUUUGCGCAACAACUGCACUGGCACUCGGCAGCUGCUGGCAUGUACCCAAUGCCCCCGAUGGCUUCCGGGGGCUUCAGGGGAGGCAGUAGCUAUGCGCCGCCUUUGCCCAGGAUUAACCCUCCUCUACUGCCUCCAAGUAUCAUGCCACAUGGCCUGCACCCGGCUCUAGUCACUCCGGGCCCUAAACAAGAACUCUCCUCCCCUCUCCCCGACACAAGUGUGGCCCCUGCAUUUCCCAGGCACCCACUAGCCAUGUACCACCCGCUGGACUCCAAGUGCAACCAGGGUCGGCCGAGCUCCCGUGGCGACCUGGUGAAUGGCGUGUCGGGUCUCAAUGGUCAUGGUGGCGGGCCACCUCCCAGCCAGCCAUCAGGCCACCCACCUAGCAAUGGCAGCAGCAGCAGCAGCCAACCGCACCAGCCACAGCAGCAGCAGCAUAAUGGCACAGAGAAGAAGCCCCAAAAGCCGACUAACCAUGUCAAGAAGCCCCUCAAUGCCUUCAUGCUGUACAUGAAGGAAAUGCGUGCCAAGGUAGUCGCUGAGUGCACCCUCAAGGAGAGUGCAGCCAUCAACCAGAUUCUUGGGAGAAGGUGGCACAGCCUUUCCCGAGAGGAGCAGUCCAAGUACUAUGAAAUGGCACGCAAGGAGCGGCAGAUCCACAUGCAGCUUUACCCAGGUUGGACGGCGAGGGACAAUUAUGCUAUCAACAGCAAAAAGAAGAAGCGCAAGAAGGACAAGAGUCAGGAUGGAGAUCUAAACAAUCCCAAGAAGUGCCGAGCAAGGUUUGGCUUGGACCAGCAGAGUGAUUGGUGCAAACCGUGUCGCCGAAAGAAGAAAUGCAUCAGGUACCAAGAAGGGCUUGAUGGCAAUGCAAAUGAGAGUGAAGACAACAUAGGUUCGGUGGAGGCACCAACGCCCGAGUCGCACACAAGCCAUGGGGGUGGUGAUACCACCACCACAACAAGCACGGGCAGCCCCUGCACCAGCCUGGGAACCCCCGAGCCAAGCCCAGGGCCACCUGUGCGACGUGCCGACUGCUACAGCCUCAACAAGCACCACCCUCUCAGUGUGCACCACCUGACUGGCCAACCACUCGUCAAGAGGGAGCCCGAUGACCCUGUUGACAUACUGACGCCUCCAUCCACAGAUUCCUCAACCACCCCAUCUUCCUUGCCCCUACUGACUGUCACGUAGCAAGAGUUGCCAGUGGGGCCUUGUGUUGUGCCCCGAGGACAGUGCACCAGCUGGGUGGCUCCCUACUUGCACAUGUGCACCGGACUCCUUUUCCACUCCUCGCAGACUCUUUGAGAGCAUUUGCAGACAGUGCACUGGCUGGUGUAAUGCGAGCCUUGGAGAUGGGUGUCUGCAACUGAACAGUGCUUAGUUCCCGAUGACUGAGAUACCCGUUGACCACAGGUUGUGUCCACCUUGGGUGUACACCCAAGAGCUCACAAGUUGCUUAGCUUGCAGUCACCAUAGCAGUAGGAAUGAAAUCUUGUGCUGCGAAGGUGCAUUGGUACAUAGACACUUGCCAUUGGCCUUGUGAUGUCUCUGCCCUCACUGACUUGAACCCGAUUCAUGAUCCUUACUUGUUCACUGUGCGGCUUUAUGUCAUCAUGACCAGGAAGCUGCUUCAGUGGCCCACAUUUCUGCAAAAGUAGUGCCGUGAGGGCAGCUUAUGAAGGGUCCUUUCCCUUUGACUGUGGAAUCGUAUAAAUGCACUGUACAAGAUUAAGAUGGCACAUGAAAGGCACCCUUGUGUGCCCUCUGUGGGACUUGCUUGAGGAGAUACGCAGUGAGCAGUCUUCGGAAGAGGUAGCAAGUGGCUACGGUGAUCAUGAAGGCAUGGGGACAUAAAGCUGAUGAAUAGCACCUUUUUGUUGCCUUGACAUUUGACAGAAACUAUCAUUUCUAUGAUAGCAAGAGUCUGAGCUAAAGCUUCUGAUGAGUGAGGAAACAAGUAUUUGUGUGCUGUUGAAAUUAUAGCUGCUGGUGGUCACCAAUAACAUUUGGCUAUGAGUCUCCUGCUAGAAAAUUUUUUUUCUUGAGCUGCUACAUUGUUGAAUGGGGAUUUUGCCUGUAUCAGUGGCUACUUGCUGUCUUGGCUGCUAUAUAUUAACUUCCCAGAUUCCAGUCACACUGCUCGACAGCAGGGUUUGAGCUAUUACUUGAUGAGGGAACUAUGUGAAAAACUGUGUACCCAAUUGCAAAAGUUUUCCAAAAAAUGGGAGUUGCCUAAAAAUGUUAAAUUUCAUUCACCUGUGCCACACAGGCUGUGAAUUGAAAAAGUACAGUGUGGUGCUUGCACACAAAAGCAUAUACGGUGUUUUUCAACUUCAGAAGGCGUGCAUUAGCCACAAGGAUACCUUUUUUUUCACGGCUGUCAUGUUUAGUAAACUUUAGUUGUUAACAAUACGUGAUAGACUCCUGUUAAAUUUUAACUUAACUUCAUCAUGUAACAAGGCCUGACCAACAACUAUGCAUUUUCUCAUAUUUCUUUUAGUAUGUUCAUAUUUAUUAUUUCGUCAGACUUCUUGGUCCCACUGAGAUUAAGUACUAUAUAGAAGUUGACUGGUGUGUGAUAAGCUAAGCUUUAGCCUACAUUCAUGUUAAUGGUAAAGCUUUGUGCUACCACUGGAACCAUUUUCAAUUACAGUGUCGAGAAUCAUGUCCUACAAGGGCUCCUUUCUUUUUUAAAUCUCGAUUCAGCAAAUAGAAGAAAGAAACAUUAUAUCCACAUAUUUGUUGCUCAAUUUGGAAGCUCUUUCUUCAAGUCUUACUAAAAUUGAUAUCAAGCAAGUUGUCUUGGUCAAAAAAAUAAAUGUUUCGUAUCAAAUGGUCAUCGGGCAUUUCUAGGUUUCCCUGUGAAGUGUUUGAUAUCAAAAUUGUUCGAAGUCCUCCCAAAUAUAAACAGCUGUGCCUUGUACACGAAACAACCAUGAUUCACCCAUUUGUACAUGGGCUAUUUGUGACAUCAUGUAAAGUGUAUUUAUAUGGUUUGUACUGUUACCAAAAAAAAAAAAAAAAGAGGCAUGGAUGUGCCCAUAUGAGCAGUGGGCAGCUAAUGGCUCACAUUUAAAUCUCGCCUUGCACUACUGGACAUGUGAGGAAUGCUUUUACGGGUGUUGUAUGUGUUAUUGGAAAGGAAAUGGGGCGGCCCUACAAGCUCGGUGUCAUACAUGGGCGGUGCAAAGGAACAAAGGGAGGAAGGUGACACUGUGAAGGGACAAGGGAUCAAGAAUUCUAAUGGCUGUGCAUUUUAAUUGAUAGCAUCCAACCUCAAGAAACUGUGUCAUCACCUUGAGAGAACUGCUAGCAGCAGGAUGCUGUCUUACCCUGUAGUGGUAGCUGCUUGCUGUUGGGCUGUGUUUGCUGUACCACCUGCUGCCUCUCCUGUGGCCUGCUGUAGAGAGAGACGUUCCAAUGUGAAUUCCUCUCCCCUUCCUUGUAAAUAGCUCCUACACGAGACGGACAGGACGCAGGGAGCUGGAUAUACUCCCGCCUGUACAGUGAUCAACAUUGCGCCUUCUGCCUGUCUUGUUUACUCAUAUGCUAUGCCGGAGAGAGAAGCGUAACGAUAUGUGCCAACAUUGGGGGGAGGGGGUUUUGUUUCAUACUACACAGAUGCAGUAUUCUUUCCCUUCCCCACACCUUGAGACGAAAAGAAAGUGUUAGCGGGGCCAUGUACAUAUUAUAUCCUUGUCACUGUGAAGGCUCUCCACUAUAAUUGUGCAGUUUUCUUUCAACUCUCCAGUCUCGUUUCAGCGCGUCAAGAGUCAGCAUAGUGUUAAAACUGUCUGGAACAGAAUCAUUUUUUCCUUGCCAACCUCAUUGUAAACAGUCACCUUCACCUGUUUUUGAUCUCAGCUGUGAGGCGAGAGACGUUUGCAAGUUCAUGCUCAGAGAAAGGUAAACUUGGAGAAGGCUGCAUUCUUGUACCAAAAAUAUAUAUAUUUUUCUUGACUUGUGACAGUUUAUGUCAUUGAUUUUGUAUUUUCAAGGAUCAGUGUGGGUAGUAAGCUGUGUCACAGUGCUUUCUAUUCUUUGUCAAUUUUCUUUUUCUAGCUAUUACACUCAUUCAUUUUAGUGGUAUGUUUACAAGCUUUUAAUUUAUGUGUUAAUGAGUGUUGCCGAGUGGCAUUUUAUUGAGCAUGCCUAUGAAAUGUAGGUGCCAUGUGACAGGGCCUUGCACCCUUUGAUACCAUACUGUGUUUAAAAAAACAAACUGAGCUAAUGACCAUGUGCGCCAUUGUAGCUUGAACAUAUCACAAUGAAAUCAUGAAAUUAUGUUUCAUUCCUGUUUGUUAGUUGAGCAACAAAUUCCUGAUUGGUACCCGCCGUGGUUGCUCAGUGGCUAUGGUGUUGGGCUGCUGAGCACGAGGUUGCGGGAUCGAAUCCCGGCCACGGCAGCUGCAUUUCGAUGGGGGCGAAAUGCGAAAACACCCGUGUACUUAGAUUUAGGUGCACGUUAAAGAACCCCAGGUAGUCGAAAUUUCCGGAGUCCUCCCCUACGGCGUGCCUCAUAAUCAGAAAGGGGGUUUUGGCACGUAAAACCCCAUAAUUUAAUUUUAAUUUUUAAAUUCCUGAUUGGUACACUGUGUUGGUAGCGUAUGUGUCAAAUAUGUGUAUGUUAGUACUAAUGAUUUAACCAUCUGCUACAUGUAACCAUGGUGCUGCGAUAGGCGCACAAUCGAGACAUUUUGAACAAGUUAGACAGGUGUGUCAAGAAAAUAGCAGUCUGCAAGAGGGGUGUGAUAAACAGCUGCUUAUUUUGGGGGGUAAUAAACAUUUGAUGUGUAGACUAUAAGUUCUUCACUUUUCAAACACAGUUAACAUUAAUGAUGCAAUUCACCUAGUAGUCAGUUGACAUUGACCGGUAGACAGCAAAUUUUAUGUCAAGGAUAUGUGCUUGCUGUCUGGAAAUUUUGCUUACAAAAUUCUGUCCUCUGAUAAGAAAGUAUGGGUAACAUGGGCUGACAGACUAAUGUACUCUUGGGAAGGAGACUGACUUUAUGAUGUUAUUACUUGAAAUUAAGAGGUACAAAUGGGCAUCUGCUUUACCUUGGCACCUUCUGGCAUCAAUAUUUGUACAUCAUUAAAAUGUAUAGAUCAAGGAGCAUAGAAAGAACAAAAAGCUUGUGCUUGCACAAGCCAAGCUUGUAAUUUUGACCGGCUCUCAGUAAAGGACACAAUGUUAGUAUCUCCCAUGCAGGUACAUAAUGAGCAAAAAAGUAAUAAUGUUCUCAAGUACUUUGACACCAUUUCCCCUUCAACUAUAGUGACAGAUCACUAGAUGUUUAUUUGUUCUGCUGCAUCUCCAGUGCUGCAUGGUGAUUGGACCACUAGUCUGAAGACAGUUUUCUCAGUGAAAUCAAAAAAAGAAAGGCACACAUCAGUCUUGUAUUUUUGCUAAUUUGCAUUGUGCAAUCAAAACACAAAUGUUCUGUGUGCCUGCAUAAUAACAUAUACCUAUAUCUGGAUAUUGUUUCCAUAAACGGAAUAAAAUCCUUUAAUUAAUAAGACCCGUUUCUUUAUUUGGCUUGAUAUUAGGCUUUUUUUUUAUGUUUUGUACCAGUAAUGUAAUAGCGUUCGGGGGAGAAAGUGCUUUUAGGUUUUAUGUGUUUACAUGAUUGGGCGAUUGAGUCAUUUUUAGCAAUGAUGUGCAUGCAAGAGCUUGCUGUUUCUUAGUGUUGCAACAUGUCUGAGCAUUUCUUGGUAAGUUUGAGAUGUCUUGUGUGGUUGUUACAUCACCCAUCAACUGUCCAGUAACUGUCCAGUCUAAAAAUCAAAACUUUUCUUUAGCGACACUGCGGUCAGAAGUGAGGCGCUCUUACUUUGUUGUUCCUAGUAGGGCAGACACAGGAGUGCAUGUUUGCAUUUUAGCUAUGUGCAAUGAAUUCUGCCUGAGGUCACGUGCAUUAGGUGUCAUUAUUUUUUCCUUUCAAAACAAAGAAAUAGAAUGAGAAAGAACUGUAACCACUAUGCCUGCUAUUUCUCAUUUGUUUCUAGAGGUUGUGUGCAAUUUUUGACAAAAAUGGAAUGUGUACUUGCACAUGUUGUCAUGAUCACAAGUCUGUCUGUUGCAUAUCCCAUUUUCAAAGAUUGAUGUGUUCACUUUGAUGCUAUAUGUUUGUAUCAACUGUUCUCUCUCUCUCUCUGUUUUUUUUUUUUUUUUGAAGUGUACCAUGAGUGGGCAGCUUUGGAAAAUGAGAGAACUGAGCAGAUAGGUUUGCAGACGUAAUGAAAAAGAAUGUUGCAUUUUUCAUUGAGUUCAUGGCUGGAGGAGUGCUGUAAUGAUUAAAAACAAAUGAAACAA